GUAGUUGAGUAGGUUUCAUGAUAUUCAGUGCGCCUGCAAUAAAGACCGUUACAUAAAAAAAAGUUAUUAUUUCUUUAAUGUGUUAUUUAUUGUCUACGUUUCGAUAUAAUUUAAGUCAUUUUGCAUCAACUCAUUAAUUUGUUGGUACAAAUCGCGAAAUGAGUGAGAACGCAGAAAUUACGGGAGUAAUAUCGCCAGAAGAUGCGGCCAGAGCGGAAAAAUUUAAAGAAGAAGCAAACGAAUAUUUCAAAAAUAAAGAUUUCACUAAUGCCAUAGAAUUAUAUACUAAAGCCAUAGAAGUAAAUCCUACUGUGGCAGUAUAUUAUGGAAAUAGAAGUUUUGCUUAUCUGAAAACAGAAUGUUUUGGAUAUGCACUUACAGAUGCAUCAAAAGCUAUUGAAUUAGAUAAAAAUUAUGUAAAAGGAUACUAUCGCAGAGCUGCAGCUCACAUGUCACUUGGCAAGUUCAAACAAGCUCUUAUGGAUUAUAAAACUGUUACUAAAGCAAGACCAAAUGAUAAAGAGUCAAUGAUUAAAUACACAGAAUGUUCUAAAAUAUUAAAAAUGUUAGCCUUUGAAAAAGCAAUUUCUGUGGAAGAAAAUAAAAAGAAUAUAGCUGAUAUGAUUAAUUUAGAAGCAAUGGCCAUUGAAGAUGAAUAUACAGGGCCUAAACUUGAAGAUGAAAAAGUUACAUUACAAUUCAUGCAAGAUUUAUUAGAAUGGUAUAGAAAAGAAAAUAAAUUACACCGUAAAUAUGCUUAUAAGAUACUUUUAGAUGUAAAAGCAUGGUUUAUGGCACAACCAAGCUUAGUUGAUAUUACAAUUCCUGAUGAUAGUAAAUUUACUAUUUGUGGAGAUAUUCAUGGACAGUACUAUGAUUUACUUAAUAUAUUUGAAUUAAACGGAUUACCAUCAGAAACUAAUCCAUAUGUAUCCUUUAUAACAGUGGAUGCAUUAUAUUUCUCAUUUAAACUAUGUUAUAUAGGUAAUCAUGAAUCUAUCACAAUGAAUCAGAUGUAUGGAUUUGAUGGUGAAGUCAAAGUAAAAUAUUCUGCUCAAAUGGCAGAAUUAUUUACAGAGGUUUAUAAUUGGCUUCCUCUUGCCCACUCUCUUAACAACAGAGUACUUGUAAUGCAUGGCGGUUUAUUUUCAAGAGAUGACGUUACGUUAAAAGAAAUCCGAGAAAUUGACAGAAAUAGACAACCACCAGAAGAAGGAUUAAUGUGUGAAUUAUUAUGGUCAGACCCACAACCUCAACCAGGAAGAGCACCUAGUAAAAGAGGUGUUGGUGUUCAAUUUGGACCUGAUGUUACACAAAAUUUCCUUGCUAUGAACAAUCUUGAUUAUAUUAUAAGGAGUCAUGAAGUGAAAAAUGAAGGAUAUGAAGUUGGUCAUGAUGGAAAAUGUAUCACUGUAUUCUCUGCUCCAAAUUAUUGUGAUACUGUGGGUAACCAAGGUGCUUUUAUCACACUUAAUGGUAAAGAUAUGGAGCCCCAUUUCACAUCAUAUGAAGGAGCGCCUCAUCCAAAUGUAAGGCCAAUGGUAUAUGCUAAUUCUCUACUAAAAUACAUGUGCUAGUGGAACACCCUAGGUACUGUUGAUAAAUAAAUGAAUAACAAUAACUGAAUACGAGUAGCCCAAUCAAAGUGUGCGUAAUAUAUUUGAUACUGAAAUGGAGAAGGUGAGAAACGCUUAGGCUUCUCCAAAACAAUAAAAUACUGUAUUCUUUCUAGGAACAAGAAAAUCUUCUGUAUUAUAAUAAGUGCAAUGAAGGUAUAAUAUUGAUGGGUACAAAAAUGAAAGGGUUUGCUUGUUUUGAAAACUGGCAAACAACUGUAUCAAAUUUU